AUGAGCAUACCGGAGUUCCUACUGGAAGUGUCCAUUGUGGUGAUAGCUGUCGUUUCGCUGUUGACAAACCUGUCAGUGCUGCUAUGUUUCACCCAGAGCGCCGAGUUACGCUCCCACGUGCCCGGCAUCUUCAUCCUAAACCUCUCUUUCUCCAACAUCCUCCUCACUGUCAUCAACAUGCCCGCCACUUUUCUCGGAGUGGCCCAGAGCGCAAAGCCCUUCGGGGACUUGUUCUGUCAAGCUGUCAGUUUUGCUGAGACUUUUCUCACCGCCAAUGCGAUGCUGAGCAUGGCCGCGCUCAGCAUGGACAGGUGGAUCGCGGUGAUGUUUCCCCUGAGUUACUCCAGCAAGAUGCGCUACAGGGACGCCUUUCUGAUCGUGGCGUACUCCUGGCUGCACUCUCUCACCUUCUCCCUGACCCAGCUGCUCAUGGACUGGGGAGGUUACAGCCACACUUACGCGUCGUGCACCGUUUACCUGGACGGGGAGAAGAGGUCGCAGCUGGCCGCUUAUGCGACCUUCACGGCGCUGUUCCACUGCAGCAGCUUCGCGCUCUGCCUCCUGGUGCUGUGCUUCGCCUACCUGAAAGUUUUGAGAGUGGCCAGGUCGCACUGCAAGAGGAUAGAUGUCAUUACGGUGCAGACUCUGCUUCUGCUGGUGGAUAUUCACCCCAGUGUGAAGGAGAGGUGUCUGGCUGAGCAGAAGAAGAGGAGGCAACGCGCCACUAAAAAAAUUUGCAUCUUCAUCGGCACCUUCAUCCUCUGCUUUUCACCCUACGUUAUAACAAGGUUGGUUGAGUUGUUGCCCUCUGUGCACAUCCCCCGUUACUGGGGCAUGACUGCCAAAUGUCUGUCCUAUGCCAAGACCUCCAGCGACCCGUUUGUCUACUGCCUGCUGCGGCAUCAGUACAGAAAAGUCCUAGUAGGUAUCAUCAGUCGUUUUCUGAGAAAGGAUCACUACUCGCUGUCUAUCCACAGCGCCAGCAGCACGCUGGACACCACAGACGACAACUGCGUUGCCAGAAUCACCUGAGCUUGAUGCGCAAAUGUUUAAAUGAUUAAAUGAUUCAGCACCUGCAUCCCUCCUGCGGGAAGGUUAGAGGUCAGGGUCUCUGAAGAGCAGCAGUCCUGCAGAUGGAAGGAAGUCAGUGUCUUGCUCAAGGACACUUUAACAUGGACGUGGAUCUCAGGACUCUUUGGGCCACAUUGUUGUCCAAUGAGAGAACUGUGAAGGACACAAACAAUGUAUGCUCAGUGAGCCCACACCGGCCUCUUAUGUGUGCCAAAGGCCUCUUCAGCCUCUAUAGACUGCUGUUUCCAUAGGGCUCAUCAGUUUGCCUGCUGAGGCAUAGCCAAGAACACACCACAGGAAGCCCACAACACUAUGUUUAUUACUAUCAUCAAUGUAAAUGUAUGGUUGAAGUAACCUCAAACUUGUCAGGAAGUGGUCUUCAUGUUUCAGUGAAAGAGCUGAAAAAAUGUUUCUUCUUAUGACUGUUAUAAAGCUAAUGUUAACGUUUGUGUUGAUGAGCGCCAUUUUUAACAUGUUGAGUGUAACAUAGGUGUGAGGAUGUGUGAAGAUGUUAUAUCACAGCAAAAACACAGAUUAAAGAAUAAACACUGCCACAGAUACACUAUGAGUCUGCCAUAUGAGUACAUAUGAGUGAAAAAAACAUCAGAUUCUGGCAAUAUUCUGAAGGAAAAGUUGUGUAGCAGUGGUUCACA